UUUUUUUUUUUUGCAUUUUCUUAAAGUAUAAUAUUUUAAAAAUAUUGUGUGAAAAUUUGAAGUGAAUCCGACAAAUUCUUUUCGAGUUAUUUAACAAUGACCAAAGGACGCUCGGGUGCUACGUGGCAUUCGAGAGCAGGUAGCUAGAAACAGCUGCAAGCAACCGACUUUUCGGGUUUCAUUGUCAUGAAUAUCUCCCCAUUUUAAUGUAGUACAAGAACUGAAAAAUAAUUUUUGGUUGCCAGUAUACCUGUAGUCGUUGCACUGAUCAGUCGAUAGUUUUGUGAUAAAUUAUUUCUCAAGUGAAUUAAAUUAUUAACCAUGGGACGUGAUUCUAGAAAGGUUUCAAGAGAACUUCGGAGUUCUGAAAAAAUUAAUAAGUCGCGUUCAGUCAAAAGAAAGAAUGUUUUUAAUCCGAAAACAGCCGAACGUGAUGAAAGUAUUCAGAGUACAUCUUCUAAAAAAUUAAAACAAAACACUGAAGAUGAUGUACCUGAAGACAGCAGUACUGAAUUUCGAAUAAUAAAUUUUAUUCAGGUAUUCACUGCAAUUUCUGCUCUUAUAAAAUGUAAAAAAUGUGAUGGAAAUGUAGUGUUUCAAACAGCAAGUACACGUGGGCUGGGAUUCAAAAUUGUAGUUGCAUGUAAUAACUGUGGAAAUGAAUAUAUUCCUUCCUGUUCUUUCGUUGGGCAUUCUUAUGAAAUAAACAGACGUUUCAUUUUUGUAAUGAGAAUACUAGGAAUAGGAUACGAAGGAUUGUGCAAGUUUUGCGGCCUGAUGGACAUGCCGUCUUUUUUAGAUAAAUCUACGCAUACAAUUUUACUGAAACAGAUUUUGAAUUGUAGUAAAGCCGUCGCAGAAACCUUCAUGACGAAAGCUGUGAAUGAAGAAAAGCAAGCAAUGCCAACAACUGAAAAUGAAGAUAUAAAUCAUCUAACUGUAUCGGGAGAUGGAACCUGGCAAAAACGGGGAUAUACAUCGUCAUUUGGAGUUUCUUCUAUAAUUGGCUAUUUUACUGGAAAGAUUCUUGACAUAAACAUUAAAAGUGCAUAUUGUAAGCUAUGUGAGUAUUGGAAAAAAAAAACAAAUACUGUUGAGUUCGAGGAAUGGUAUCAAUCGCAUGAAGAUGUGUGUUCUGCUAAUCAUCAAGGGUCUUCUGGGAAAAUGGAGGUGGAUGCGAUGGUCGAAAUGUUUUCGUAUUCUGAAACUAAAUAUGGAGUUAAGUAUGCCAACUAUAUUGGUGAUGGUGACUCCAAGACCUAUUCAGGAAUUAUAAAAUCAGAUCCUUACGAAAAUACAACUGUAAAUAAAAAGGAAUGUAUAGGGCAUGUCCAAAAGCGGAUGGGGAGUCGAUUACGUACGCUGAAGAGUAAACAAAAAGGUCUUGGUGGUCGAGGUAAGCUCACAGGAAAAUUAAUAGACAAACUAACUGUGUACUAUGGUUUAGCAAUACGCCGGCAUUGUGAUUCUAUUGAAAAUAUGAAAUCUGCUAUAAUGGCAACCUUUUAUCACUACGGCUCGAGUGAUGAAAAACCGAAUCAUGAUAUGUGUCCAAAAGGCGAAGAAUCUUGGUGCUCUUACCAGCGCGCUGAAGCAAGAGGAGAGCUUGAUACCUUUUCUCACGAUUAUUCUCCUUUACCUUCUGAUGUUUUAAAAGCUAUCAAGCCUAUAUACGAAGAUCUUAGUAAUGAAAAUUUACUUUCAAGAUGUGUAGGUGGAUUCAAUCAGAAUAAUAAUGAAAGCUUUAACCAACUAGUAUGGAAAAUAUGCCCAAAAACGGUAAAUACUAGUUUUACUAUCGUACAAAUAGCUGCAUACGUUGCUAUGUGUAUAUUUAAUGAGGGUAUAAAUUCAUUAUUAGUCUUGAUGAAUACACUAGGACUUAAUUGUGGGCCUAAUUCUCAUCGGUAUGCAGAAAGAAUGGAUGCUGCACGUAUCAAAGUAGCAGAUAAGCGCGCUAAUGAUAACACCCGAGAAGGUCGAUUGCAACGUAGGCACCAGCAAAUCGAUAUUUUGGAAGCUGCUAUGUCGGCUGAAGAGCUAUUAUAUGGUCCAGGAAUAGAUGACUCAGUAUGAAUCUCCAAGGACUUAUGAUGAUCACCGCAAAGGACUUCGGGAGGAACGGGCUCUACAAAAACAGCGAUAACUUUUUGAAUUAUUAAUUUUUUUUUUUGAAAUUUUCGUGAAGUCAAAUCGAAACGUGUUCUAAUAAAGCUAUGUUUUUAUUUUUGUCAAAUAAAGUAAUUAACUACAAAAAAAAAAUUAUUGAAAAUCAUCAUUUUUUCAUACCCCUGAGUACCC